CCGCUUCUUCCUCCACUAACACAAUAAUCCAAGUUCUCGCCAUUUUCUUUUUUCUACAGCAUCUGCAAAAGCUCUCUCUUUAGUCAAAAACGUCUUGGGACCCUCCACUCCACGCUUCAUCCAUUUUCCUAAUCAAUCACUGUUCCAAGAAUCAUCAUCAACCUAUUAUAUCAAUUACACUUCUAAAAUACCAUCAUCAAUUAGCCAACUGUAAAGCAAUCUACAGCAUUGGAUGCAGAUUGCAAGAAUUUAGAAUGAACAUUCAAAAGAAAAAAGAAUAAGAAAAUCCCAUUGACAUACCCUUUUCUCUUCACCAUUUUCUAAGGCCAAAUCCUGCAAUUCCAGUGAGAACCCAGGAAAAGAAUUAAGCUUUACUGCAUAAAGAAUGCCUUCAAGGCCUUUGUCUCCAAGUUAUUUUUACCAUCAUAAGCCUGGUUUUAUCACUAAGACCAGAAUCUUGUUCUUGACACUAACAAUCUCUGCAUCUCUUGUGAUUAUCUUUACAAUUUUCUACUUUCUUUACCAUCUUUGGUAUUUUCUUGUAAAUCGCUCAAGAACAAUCCCUUUCGACUCUGGUACUCCUCUAAAGCUUCAGAGAUUCUCUUACAAAGAGCUCAAGGUUGCCACUAACGAUUUUGAUGAUGAUAAUAUUAUUGGCAAAGGUGGUUCUGGUACUGUCUUUAGAGGCAUUGCAAGGGAUGGGAAGCUAUAUGCUAUCAAGAGGCUUGAUACUCUCUCUUUACAAUCAGAGAGAGAGUUCCAAAAUGAGUUGCAGAUUCUUGGGGCUUUGAGGUCAGCUUUCUUGGUUACUUUAUUGGGAUACUGUUUUGAAAAGAAUAAGCGCUUGCUUAUUUAUGAGUAUAUGCCUAAUAAAAGUUUGCAAGAAUUGCUAUUUGGGGAUGGGCAUUUGAGCCUGAGUUGGGACAGAAGGUUCAGUGUUAUUCUUGAUGUUGCAAAAGCACUCGAGUUUUUGCACUUGGGAUGUGAUCCACCAGUGGUUCAUGGGGAUAUUAAGCCUAGCAAUGUUUUGCUUGAUUUUGAUUUUAGAGCCAAGAUUUCAGAUUUUGGGUUAUCAAGAAUUAAGGUGGAUGGUGAAUUUGGGGUUGAUUUGUUUAGCCAAGACUUGGGGAAGAGUCAAGAACUAUGGAAGAGUCAGGAGCUUUCUGGAAACUUGACCUCAGAGACUCCUGCAAUUGGUACUCCUGUGGAGCCAUGUCAAGAGGUAGAUUUUGCUCGUGCUUUACAAGCGUCUUCUUCCUCAAAAAAUAGUAGAAACUGUUAUACUGUUAGAGCUUUGAAUGUGAAUUCUUUCAAUUAUAACGCCAACAUUGCAAGUGAGAGUGAUGUUAAGGUAGAAAAUGGGAAAGGGAAGGAAGUCUCUGGGGUGGAUGUUUGUGGUGAUGAUUGGAAUGGUAAGUUUGUGCCUUGUGAUGAUGAGCCUUGUAGUAUUGAUCAUAGCAAAGAGCUGAAUACUGGUUCAUCUGUGGUUGAUGAUUCCACUUGCACAAAAAAAUGGGGAAAGGAUUGGUGGUGGAGACAGGAUGGAAGUGGUGAAUUGUGUAGUAAAGAUUAUGUUAUGGAGUGGAUUGGGAGCCAGAUUUGCCCCUCGGCGAAUCCUGAUUGGGUUGAAGAAAAGAAAAGUACUUCUGAUAGAAGAGAAUUGAAUCCUUCAUCCCCAUUAGAUAAAGUGGAAGAUGCUAGUGAACCUCAGUUAAAUGAACUUGGGUUUGAAAUUUGCAUAAAAGAAUAUGAGAAGAAAGAUUCAAGGGGCAGGAAGAAUAGCAAAAGGAAGAAUAGGAAGAUGAAAGAGUGGUGGAAAGAAGAGCACUUGGAUGAGAUUAGCAAGAAGGGUAAUAAGCUGAAGAAUCUUGAAACCAAGUGGAAGAAAAGGCUUAAAGCUCCACAUUUUCAUCUGAGUCGCCGGUUUCACUUCCAUAGGCGAAUGAAUUCUGGGGAGCAGACUCUAAAUGAAUCUGAUCAAAAUGGGGAGUUCAGUUUCAGAAGAGGGUGGAAGAAAAAGAAUUUGCAUUCUGCAGGAAGUGAUAUGUGGAGUGGAGAUCUUUUUAGUCGCGAGUUAAGCAGCACAACGAGCAUGAGAGGCACCCUGUGUUAUGUAGCACCAGAAUAUGGUGGAUGUGGGUACUUGAUGGAGAAGGCUGAUAUAUACAGUUUAGGAGUUCUGGUUCUGGUGAUCGUGUCCGGUAGAAGGCCAUUACAUGUUCUAGCUUCACCCAUGAAGCUUGAGAAAGCAAAUCUGAUAAGUUGGUGUAGGCACCUAGCUCAAUCUGGCAACAUCUUAGAACUUGUGGAUGAGAGAUUGAAAGAUGAGUACAAUAAAGAACAGGCAAGCUUGUGCAUCAACUUAGCAUUGAGUUGCUUGCAGAAGAUGCCUGAAUUGAGACCAGAUAUUGGAGAAAUUGUAAAGAUUUUGAAAGGGGAUAUGGAUCUUCCAUCUCUGCCAUUUGAGUUUUCUCCCUCUCCACCAUCUAAAUUGUUUAGCAGAUCGCGGAGAAGACAGAAAUCCAAUGCAGAGUAGCUAGUUCUGGUACAUAUUCUUCAUUUUUUUCUCCUUGUGUCAUGUUGUACUUAUAUGGGGUUUUGGCAGAGUGCCUUGCAGGAGAGAUGACUGGAAGCUGUAUUAAUGUAAAUCAGACAAAUUGAUAUCUGCUAUCUUUGCUCAAGUAUCAUGUUCAACAUUGUUUUACUCUUGCAGCUCACUUUAUUACAAUGAUGAUUCAGGAAUUAGGACAAGAAAGCUAAUGCUGGUUUGCCUGAACAAUUAAAACGGUUGCUGCUGCAAGUGUUAGUUUUUGUUUAGUUUUCCAGCUGGGCAUAAAUGAAACUUCAAUUAAUUA